AUGCUCGACUACCUCAUCCCGAUCGGCAUGGCCCUAGCGGGCAUCUUCGUCAUGAUGUUCAUCUUCCAGAGCAUCAGCAAGUCGGAAGUCGGCGGGGAAUCGAUCGCACCCGCUCGCAAGCCGCGCUCCAAGAAGUCGCAGCGUCCGUCGCAGAAGUACAUGGACGACGUGCUUGACCUGGCCACGGAGCAGCUCAUUGCGCGCGAGGUGGCCCGCAACCCGUCUGGCAUGAUCACCGACAGCAAGAGUGUGGCACCACAGACGCUCGACAACAUCCGCAGCCGCCGCCAGGCCAGGGAAGAGAGCCAGCACAUCCAACCCCAUGCCAAGGCUAGCGAGCGUCAGAAGCAGUCGGCGAAGGACCAGGGCUUCAGAGUGGUGGAAAGUCCAAAGAACAUGCCGAGGCAGCAGCAGCAGCAGCAGCAGCAGCACGGGGACAAGCAACAGCGCGAGUCGGAGCAGGUCACGUCCAUCGAGGAGCUUGACCGUAAGCUGAGCCUCUUUUUCAAGAGCAGCAGUUCCCGAAAGACAAAAGACGUGAAGCCCAAGGAGGAGGUGCAAAUCGACAACGGCAUCAACCGCGGCCACGUUGUCGUCAAGGGCGACUUGAGCAAGGCGAAGAGCUGGUAA